GCUCAGUUCGGCAUGCAGCGUGGAUUGAGUCGCGUGUGUGUCGUUUAAAAAAAUUUACAUAGAAACUCGAACGAACUGGCCGAAAACGGAACUGUCAAAAUUGGCGGGAACUCAUCAAAAUUUUGUGUUUGUAAACAUUUUCAGUGAAUUCACAUUGUGAUAUUUCGAUAAAUAUUUCUCUCACUACGGUGCAAUAUUCAUUGAAAGUUUUUUCUUUCGAUAAUUGUUGGCAGCCAACGGUCAUUUGCAUCAGCUCGAGCAUCAUUGGCUGAAGAGUGGUCAGUCGUGCGCGAUAGCUUGCAACGCGCAGACGACCGGAGUCACUGGACAAGAAGAGGAGACAGAAAAAAGAGAGAAUUGUGAUUUAGUGCGGUGUCCGUGAAAUGCUCAAAGUGUUGUGCUAGUUUUUCUUUUGAAUAUAUAUUUUAUAUAUUUUUUUAUUAUAAUUAUUCACAAUGCAAGGAAGAGAUAAACUCUGUGCAAAGCUUACCAGCGCUUUCCUGAGGAAGUGGUGGUUCGUGCUCGCAUCAGCAGUCAUCCUACUCCUCCUAGGCAUAGUCAUUGCCAUAUUCCUCGGGACUUGGAUUCGACUCUUCAUAGACCAUGAGCUGGUGCUUCGCCCAGGUUCGAUGACGUUCGAGUGGUGGGCGCGGCCUCCGGUGCGGCCCUUCGUCAAGGUCUACGUGUACAACGUGACCAACGCCGAUGAGUUCCUCAACAACGGCUCCAAGCCGAUACUGGACGAGCUCGGACCAUAUGUUUACUCUGAGGAGUGGGAGAAGAUCAACAUAACAGACAACGAGAAUGGCACGCUGUCCUUCCACUACAAGAGGACGUACACCUUCCAGCCGGAGAUGAGCAACGGGAUGGACGACGAUGCGGUCGUCGUGCCCAACAUACCGAUGCUGAGCGCGACAUCUCAAUCGAAGCACGCCGCUAGGUUCCUGCGUCUCGCCAUGGCUUCCAUCAUGGACAUAUUGAAGAUCAAGCCUUUUGUCGAGGUGUCCGUCGGUCAGCUGCUCUGGGGCUAUGAAGAUCCGCUCCUGAAGUUGGCCAAGGACGUCGUGCCCAAGGAGCAGAAGUUGCCUUACGAGGAAUUCGGACUUUUUUAUGGCAAGAACGGCACCUCUCCGGACGUGGUGACGAUGUUCACUGGUGCUACGGACAUGACCCGCUACGGCAUCGUGGACCGCUACAACAUGAGGGACCGGCUGCCCCACUGGACCACGGACCAGUGCAACAGCGUCGCCGGCUCCGACGGGUCCAUCUUCCCGCCGCACAUCACCGCGAACGACACGCUCCGGGUCUACGACAAGGACCUCUGCCGAUUGCUUCCGCUGAGGUAUCUCGAAACGGUGGAAUCUUCAGCCGGAGUCGAAGGCUAUAGGUUCACUCCCCCUGAGGAUGUCUUCGCUAACGACGAGCACAAUAAGUGCUUCUGUCCUGCCGGUCCCCCCUGCGCCCCCGACGGACUCUUCAACGUCUCCCUCUGCCAAUACGAUUCUCCCAUAAUGCUAUCGUUCCCUCACUUCUACUUGGCGGACCCGAGCCUGCGGGAGGCAGUCGAGGGCAUCUCACCACCAGUACCAGAGAAGCACAGACUGUACAUCGACGUGCAGCCCGAGAUGGGUAUAGCAAUGCGCGCUCGAGCUAGGAUCCAGAUUAACCUGGCCGUCUCCCAGGUCUUGGACAUCAAGCAGGUGGCCAACUUCCCAGAUAUCGUCUUCCCCAUAUUGUGGUUCGAAGAGGGUAUAGACGAGCUGCCGGAGCGGGUGUCGUCGCUGCUGCGGCUGGCGACGCGCGUGCCGGGCGUGGCGCGGGCGGCGCUGGCGGGCGGGCUGUGCGCGCUGGGCGCCGCGCUCGUGCUGCUCGCCGUCACCUGCCUCAUCAGAUCGUCUCACAGACAAAGCACUCUCAGGCUGGAGGCUCACGUUGUCGCGAAGCCGCCUCCACCCAAAACACCGAGCAAAGAAAGCGCCUACGAACUGAACAGCCGGAGAUAAUAUAGAUAAACAAAAUGUUAUUAACAUAUUAUAUAGAUAAUAUAGAUAAGGAUUUUCUUUUCAAACUCACAAGAAACAAAUCGGAAAAUUCUGUUCUUCAAGGAUUAUUAUAUAAAGGAGGGUAGUCUUUAAAUGUUCGAAUUCAAUUUUUUUUACCAAAAAAUUAAAAAAAAGCGUUAAAGUUGUCUACUACCAAAUUUAAUUUGUCAUCAACAAGAUUUCCAGCUUAAGUUCGUUUAACCAGGGAAUAUUUUAUUAUUCAAGGACAUUUUGUAAAAUUUCACAGGUAAAAUUUUAUUUUCAUAUAUCUACCUGGUAUUAGCAGUUCCAGAGAAUUUAGUUAAACAGCACAUAGUAAGGAUUAAUAAAUAAUAAAUGGGAAUUGGUGCGUCCCUAGUUUUUUGAUUUCCUCUUCGAAUAUUUAUUUCGAUCCUCUGUAAAAUGAAUACAACUUGUGCAGAGAAAAAAGCCCGUUGGGCUAAAUUUAAAUAAAUAGUGAGUAGCGGAAUAGAAUUUGAAACUUUUCCAUCAGCGAUAGGUUUUCAUUAAAUUACGGUAACGGGGUCUGCCAUUACGACGAAUCGAUUUUUAAGGGCACAAAAAGUAUCGAAUACUAUUUUAUGAUUAUUUUUAGUCGAUUUUUUACCGAUAGUUACUAGUCUUCACUACGCGGUCCGUCCAUAAAGAUGUUUAUAGGUUUUUAUUUUUAUAUUACGAUGUAAUUUUUCAAAGUUUUUAUUGGUUGCGUUAUUACUUUACAUGUAUAGUAAUGGGAAUUACAAGUAUUUUUACAAUUGAUUACAAAAAUAAUGGGCGAUUAUUUGAAAAGGUUUGAACUUAAAGUAAAGAUGACGAGGGCGAUGAGUUGACUAAGUUUUUGCGUCUAUAAUUUAAACAAAGUGAUUGGGUCAGUUUUAUAGUUUGUGUGACAGAUUGAAAGCUCACAGAAAAAUAUUUUGAGGCCUUCUUUUUUUUUUAUAUGUUUGUCACUUUCAAUUCAGUUGUUUAAUUUUUAAAUCAAAUUUCCAUUAUUCCCGUUAAUGUACAAUGUAAUAAGAACUUUGAAUACUAUGACUGAUAAAUAAAAUCUGUCGAUAAUUUUUAAAGAUAUAAAAAUGUCAAAGAAAACUGUCAAUAUUGUCUGUUUCUUAAAAUCCUGAAGUAUAUUUUUUGAGGAUUCUACUUUAAAUAUAGGCAAUCAUAGCAUACCCUUAACUUUACGGGAUUGCGCGAGAUACAUUUUAUUUAGGUAGGUAAAUCAAUACAUUCCCAUAACUUCUUAAUCCCACUUAAAUAGGGCGGGUUUUUAUUUAAUUUAAAGUAUUUUCAGGGUUAAAAUGCCGCAUAUUAAUACAUUUUUUAAAUGCAUAUGUGUUCGAAAUGCGAUAUUUCAUUGAUUUCAUUAGAAGCACGAGUCAAAUUUGACUUAAUUCCUUUCGUGUAGCACAGAUCAGGAUCACGAGGUGACAGGACGAUUUUGUAUUCUUCAGUGCUGCCAAUUUAUUGUUUGUUCAACUACAGAUGUAUUAAUAAUUAUUAUAACGAUUAUUAAGCUUUUAACAUUUGAGAGAAUGCACAAUAACAAUUUGUUAUCCCAUUGCUUCAUGCUUAAAAUGAAGUACCUAUUAAAUUACUUAAUUUUCAAAAACUCGAUAGAUUCCCGCCAUUUAUUUAUCAAGAUUAUUAUAAUUACCAUGCGCUAAAAGAUCGGGUAUUCAAUAGCCGUAAACGAAUUAAAAAAAUAGUGAAAUAUUAGUGCUCUAUUAAUAGCCACCUUAAAUUGAAAUAUUUUGCGAAUUGUCGUACCCGACUGCUGAAGGAUGGGUGAUUUUAUUGUCAUAUGUACUGAAAUAAUAAUAUAAUAUAACUAAAAACUAAAAACAGAUUCACAAAAUCUUGUAAUUUUAACAAUAAAAUUUACGAUUUAAUGAUGCUCUGAAUUUUUAAACAAAAAUACUUUUUUUUCAUCUAGAUUCACAUAAUUUUUUUAGAAUUUAUACCUUUUUUUAAACUAUUUGCUAGAUAAUAUAUUCUCUAUGCAUGAUAUUUAAAAGCAUAGAUUUUUACCUAAGGGAAUUUAAUAAAAAAUAUAUUUUUGCAAAAUAUUGUAUGUUUUUUCACAAAUACGUAUAUGUUUAAAGAUUGUUUUGGUGGUAGGGCAUUCAAUUCUUAAAAAAAGGGUUGACAAUUCCGUCCUUUCAUAUCACAACGUGUAGGUACGUCGGUCACAAUGUUAUAUUUUUUUUACAUAUAUGAGAAUUAAGAAUUUAUAUAAUGAAUUUUGCUCAAAAAAUACUUGUAUGAUUGCUGAAUGACAGGUUUAAUAUAUACAAAUAUAUAUAUUUAGUAAUGGCCUUAUACAUAAUUAGUUGGAGUCCGAUAACUCAUUAUGUACAAGACCGUCUUAAUGGCCGCACAGCGCCGCGGCGUAGGUAAAGUUAUGUUUUAAUAUGGCAACUGGAAUUUUUGUAGGAAAACACAUGGACGUUUCGAAGGAAGCAUAUUAAUGAUUUCGCUGGAAUUUGUCACGCAUUUAAAAUUUUCUGUUAGUCCUUAUAUUGCAUUCUUUAACAUAACAUCCUGUAUACGUUAGGACACGUUUCGCGAACCUUCCGGCGUUGGUGUGUAAUGUGCACACUCCGGUUUCAAAUUUGUUUUGAUUUAUCGGAAUUAUUAGACGCUAAACAUUUUGUUCGCGCCUUUUUUAUUACAUUUGACGUCCAUGUUGUUUUCUGGUGAUGUCGUAACGUAAAAUUGAACUAGGGUUACUUUAUAAUGUAAAAUAUUAAUAAUACAAUAUGACUUGUAAAUAAAGGUGUAUGUUAUAGUUGAA